CCUGGUAACUGGUAUGUUCCCACUCCAGACAAUCAGCAGCUUCCAGCCUCCCUUAUUGAGCGUAAAAGCAGAGGAGGAUGUAGGAAGUACAGCAGUUACCUGAAGGAAUUCCGCACAGAACAGUGCCCUCUUUUUGUGCAGCACAAGUGCACUCAGCACCGGCCCUACACUUGCUUCCACUGGCACUUUGUCAACCAGCGUCGUCGCAGAUCUAUCCGCCGUCGGGAUGGUACAUUUAACUACAGCCCUGACAUUUACUGUACCAAGUAUGAUGAAACCACAGGAAUCUGCCCAGAAGGAGAUGAAUGUCCCUUCUUGCACAGAACUACUGGAGACACAGAGAGGAGGUAUCACUUGCGCUACUACAAAACUGGAAUCUGUAUUCAUGAGACAGACUCCAAGGGAAACUGCACAAAGAAUGGAGUCCACUGUGCGUUUGCUCAUGGGCCCCAUGACCUACGCUCUCCGGUGUAUGACAUCAGGGAGCUUCAGGCGAUGGAGGCUUUGCAGAAUGGUCAGACCACAUCUGAAGGCAGCAUGGAGGGUCAGUCUGCAGUUGCUGCUAGCCAUGCUAUGAUAGAGAAGAUACUCAGUGAGGAACCAAGGUGGCAAGAUACAACGUAUGUCUUGGGAAAUUACAAGACAGAGCAAUGUAAGAAACCCCCCCGACUCUGUCGCCAGGGUUAUGCCUGUCCCUACUACCACAAUAGCAAAGACAGAAGAAGAAGCCCAAGAAAACACAAAUACAGAUCUUCGCCAUGUCCCAGUGUGAAACAUGGAGACGAGUGGGGAGAUCCCAGUAAGUGUGAAAAUGGAGAUUCAUGCCAAUACUGCCACACUCGCACAGAACAGCAGUUCCAUCCAGAGAUCUACAAAUCCACCAAAUGCAAUGAUAUGCAGCAGUCUGGCAGCUGUCCCCGAGGACCCUUCUGUGCCUUUGCACAUGUAGAACAGCCUGCGCUCAGUGAAGAUUUACAGCAAUCCUCAGCUGUGUCAAGCCCAACACAGACAGGCCCUGUGAUGUACAUGCCGUCAGCAGCUGGGGAUUCUGUUCCAGUCAGCCCUUCCAGUCCACAUGCCCCAGACCUUAGCAAUGUGUGGAAUAAAUCAGGAACUCUGCCAACUAGCCCCACCUCCACCACAAUUCUUUGUAGGAACAGCAGUCUCGGAAGCCCAUCUAAUAUAUGUGGGUCUCCUCCUGGUGCCAUUGGAAAGCCACACAGCUUGGAGACCAUUGGUUUUCCUCCAGAUUCGGUAACAGCAGCCGGCAGCUACAAGAAAGCACCAGGGUUUGAGCGAGAAGAUCAGGUGGGGGCCGAGUAUUUGAAGAGUUUCAAAUGCCAG